AUGGAUCCAGCUAAAAUGAAAGUCGUGGACCUUCGGUCCGAGCUUGGCGCUCUAGGGUUGGACACCAAAGGCAACAAGCCGGCUUUGGUAGAAAGACUAAGAAAAGCCCUAGAAGCUAAAACAGGAAAAGCACUAGCACGGACAUCAAUCCUAGACACAUCUACUGAAGAUGCAGAUGAACCUGCAACUCCUAGGAAAUCGGUGCCGGCUGCUAGAACAACACGACGGUCUUCAUCUUCACGUAUGGGUGCAACUCCAGCUAAAAGACCUCGCGAAGAGCCACUUGAACCGCCUGUGGAGGAGGUGAAAGAGGAACCGGAACCAGAACCAGAGUCUGAGCCGGAGGUGGUGCCGGAGCCUGCGCCGGCUAUUGCGCCAGAGCCCGCGCCAGCGCCCGUGCCUAUGCCCGUGCCCGAGCCGGAGCCUGAACCCGAGCCCGAGUCGCCGGAGCAGCCGCCACCUGAACGGACCCCGCCACACCAGCCCGCCGCGUCCGAGAUAUACUCCAUCGAUGAUGAUAAGAGCCAAUCUCCAGCACAGGUUAAAGAAGAGGAGCCUGAAGAACCAAUGGAAGUGCAAAGUAGUGAGAAAACCGAUGAGCAACCUGAAAUGGAGCCGAGGCCAGAAAAGAUGGAGAGUGACGAUAUUCCGAAAGAAGGUGAUGCAGAAAGCAACCAAGAAGAACGCGAGAAAGAAAAUCGUGAAAGGAGGCCACGUGAGUUGACUGAAGAAGAAGAAUGGGAGCAACUCAACGAGCGGCUCAAAAUAAAGGAACAGGAACGUAUUGAACGAGAGAAGAAACAGGCCGAAGACGACGCCAAACGCCUGGAGGAAGUUAGCAAUGACCCCGUGAAACUAAACCGCCUUAAGCGCAAGCAAGAGAAAAAGGCGCGCUGGAGCAACUUCUACAAAACUGUUGCAGUUACCAAUGAGAUACUAACUCCACCUGUUGAGAGUGAUAUUAUAAAAACAAAGAAGGAAGCUGCAGAAGCCAAGGUACCAGAGCCAGAAUUGGAUGACGAAAAAGUUACUCUGUCUUGGUACGACAGCGACCUGAAUCAGUACCUGGAGUUGCCCGAGUUGAACGGCGUGGUGCCGCUGAGUGAGGGCGCGUUCUCGCACGCGUGGGCCGGCGCGCGCGCAUCGCACGGCGUCACCGCCGGUAGAGUCUGCUACGAGGUGCGUGUGGGUGGAGUGGUGACCACCACCGAGAGCUCAGAGAAGGAACCCAUCAUAUCCGGCAUCAGGGUUGGAUGGUCUACGUUGGAUUCAACCUUGCAUCUUGGUGAAAGUGAAUUGAGUUGGGGAUACGAGAGCACCGCUCGCGCCGUCAAUAACUCCACAUACAAGGAGUACGGGCAACAGUUGCAAGAGAAAGACGUCAUUGGCGUAUAUCUGGAUCUGGAGUCGAAUCCGUGCAAGAUUUCCUACACCGUGAACGGGGCAGAGCAAGGUGUCGCAUACGAGUUUGAUAAGGAGUCGCUUGGCGGACGAGCGUUAUUCCCUCAUGUGCUCACCAAGAACAUAUGCUACAAGGUCAACAUGGGAUACGACAGAUACAACAUGCUGAGUAAAACCAAGAUCGUGCGGAAACGUCUAGAAAUUCCAAUAGAACAAGUAAUCGAGGAGAAGAAGAGGAUAGAAGCUGAACUUCAACGUCAGAAGGAAGAGAUGGCCAGGAAGGAGAAGGAGAGGCGCGAGAGGGAGAAAAAAGAGCGCGAGGAGAGACAAAAGAAAAAGAGAGAGGAACGGGAAAGACAAGAGCGUGAACGUAAAGAGAAAGAAGAUCAGGAGAGAAGAGAGAGAGGCGAAGAUGUGAAAGAAACGGAAGAGGCGGACAAAGACAGCGAGAAACAGAAGGAAGAGGUGGAACAAAAGGAAGACGAGAAAGAAAAGGAAGAGGAAAUGCAAGUAGAUAAUGAAAAACAAGACCAACAACCAAAGGAAAAUGGUGAGAAAGACAAAGCUGAAGAACCAAACCAGCCAGAUGUGAGUCAACCGGAAGUAAAAUCUGAACCGAUGGAAACUGACGCCAACGAAGAAGCCAAGUCAGCUGUACCUGCCGACGGUGAAGUACCAGAGGUGACUGAAGAGCAAGUACUAAAAGGUCAAGUUAUGUUGGACAAGCGUGUCAAAUUCGUUAUUCGGUACGCGGUAGACGAGGAAUUGGACGGUAGCGAGGCGUGCUUGGUGCCCGGGUACACGUACAUAUGCCACGGCAACCUGGAGCCAGGCGCGCGACGGCCCGCGCUGCGGUCAGACUGCGAGGUCAUCCUCAUGGUGGGCAUGCCUGGCUCCGGCAAGACUUACUGGGCGAAGCAACACUCCGCCGCCAAUCCGGAGAAGAGAUACAACAUUAUAUCCACUGGCGCCCUCUUCGAUAAAAUGAAGGUGGACUGUAAGCCCUUCCGAACCAGCUACGAGGGACGCUGGGACGCGAUGGUCACCAAGUGCGCUAAAUGCGUGCUAAAGUUGUUGGAUAUCGCGAAAGGACGCAGGAGAAAUUAUAUACUCGACCAGACGAACGUAUACCCGUCGGCCCAGAGGCGUAAGCUGAAGGAGUUCGACGGUUACCGGCGCGUCGCCGUCGUCAUAGUCACCGAUGAGGAAACUUACCGCGACCGUCAGAAGCGUCGCGAGGAGGCCGAUGGCAAGGAAGUGCCCGACGGGGCCAUCGUGGACAUGAAAGCAAACUUCACGUUGCCUGAGAAAUGCUCGUGGCUGGACGAGGUUUUGUACCCGGAACUCGGGGAGGAGGAGGCGAAGUCGAUAGUGGAGGCGUUCCACAAGGAGGCCAAAGCGGCCGGCGUCAGUAAGGAGAAGGAGAAGAGAGAUCGGUCCGCUUCACGUGACCGUCCCGCCGCCAAGCGGCCCAGAGAUGAACGAAGGCAUAGAGAUGACAGGCGGCCCCCCAGGGACUUCCCCAGAGAUCGUGACCGUUGGGGUGGCGGAGGCGGCGGCGGCGGCGGUGGCGGCGGCCGCUGGGGGCCCGUAGUCCGCGGCGGGGGCGGCGGCGGGGGCGGACGCUGGGGUCCACGUGAUCGCGGCGGUCCCGGACCCGUUGGACCACCUGGACGAUUCGACCGCUGGGGACCACCACCCGCCAGGUUAUUCCGCGGUGGUCGUGGACCAGGUGGACCUGGAGGCCGAGGUGGUCAUGGCGGUCCCGGUGGACCAGGACACCGUGGCCCCGGUGGCCCAGGUGGUCCCGGUGGACCUGGCGGACCAGGAGGACCAGGCGGCCCUGGUGGACCCAGGGACAGGGGCAUGGGACCACAGGGGAUGGGAGACGGAAGGUUCAGGGGACCCGGUGGUGACAGGAAUAACAGAGGACCGCCGCCUGAUAAGAGACCGAACGUGCCGCCACCCGGCGGUCAAAGUGGUACCUGGCAGCGCGGCAAUCAGAUGCAGAACAACCGGCCGAAUCCGCCGCGACCAAACCAACCGGGACAACGACCGCCCAACCAGAAGGAUGGUGGAUCAAUGCAGAACCAAAACAGUCAAGGGCAAGGUGGGCAACAGCAACAGAACUGGAACCAGUGGGCCGGAGGAUGGGGUGGAUGGGGCAACUGGAAUCAGAACCAAGCAGGUUGGGGCAACUGGGGUAACUGGGGCGGUUGGAACCCUAACGCGGGCAACGCGGCUGGGCAGGCGGGCGGCGGCGCGGGCGGCAACGCGGCGGGCGCGGGCGGUAACGCGGGCGGCGGGGGCGUGGGCGGGGGCGGGGGCAAGGCGGGCGCGCAGCAGGGGGCGGCGCAGGGGCAGCAGGGGCAGUGGCCCGCCAACUACACCGCGCAGCAGUGGUACCAGUGGCAGCAGUGGCAGCAGCAGCAGCAGGGCUGGCCGGGGUACCAACAAGGCGGUCAAGGUACGGGUAAUGCAGCUGAAGCUUGGGCACAAUAUUAUCAGACUUACGGUAACGCUGCCAACGCUGCCGCUGCCGCUGCGGCCACGCCUGCCGUCGACAAGAAGUGACACGCGCGUACAUACGUAUAUAACCCGUAAAACCUGUACGUUGAUACACACCAUCUGGAUCAGUUCCGUGUAUACGGUAAAAAUACCUUGAUUAGUGGCACCGAUCCACUUUUGUGCCUUUAGUUUUACAGAUAUAAACAAUUUCGUUUUGUGAUGCACGAAGCCGAGUGUUUACUCCACCACAUAAUAGUUUGUAAGACUUGUAACUGAUUUUGCGUCACGAAAUCAGCCGUGUGAUUGACUAUUUCCAUAAUAAAAUUUAUUCUAUUUUCGGUUACAUUGUAAAAAUGUAGGGUGACAAAUUAUUAGGAAAAUGUGAACGUGUAUAUGCGUCCAAUUUCAACUGUGGAGUUAGUUCAUCAUGCGCUCAGUUUAUGAAUAAAGAAUCUGUGUGCAUAAAAAUGUUUUUCCUUGGAAAUUAACGGGUACUUGGUAGUAUAUUAUCAAUAUGCUUCUUGAACCAUAAAAUAAUCAUUAACAUUCUUCAGAAAAGCUGAAAUAUUCAACGAUUUAUAAAUCCAGGCAAUUAACAAGUAACUGUAAACUAUUUUAAAAUGUUUAUUCAGAUCAAAAAAGAUUUAUAUGUACCUUAAAUGAAUUUGGAAAUUGAAAAUAGAAAUGUUGAGAUAAAUCUCAGCUGAUUUUUUUUUUUUGUCAUCAGAGCAUAUCUUUUAUAUGCUGGGUGUUUUAAUUAUCAAAUUAAACUUUUGUUUUGUUUUUUUUUUUAUCUAAUAUAUAAAAGUUUAAUAAUAUUAAGAUGCUUAUUUACGUAAUAGUUUAUACUAUAAACAAAAUUAUCGACGUCAAAAACUUACGGUACUACUAGAAAAGUUGAACCGGUUGCUUACUGGUCAGAAAUUCACCGCAAUUGAUUAGAUCAUUUAAAUAUUACCAUGUCAAGAUUGACUCAGGUGGACUAAAGAUGUCUGAUUCAUUUAAAUAUUAAUACUACGGUUAGUUGUACAAACAUCCAUUAAAGUUUAUAGACUUAAUGAAUUUCAAAUUCGUAUGGGUAAUGUCACUUUAAAUUAAUGAAAAAUUUUAUGUACGUUUGUGCAACGGCUAUAUGUCAUAAGUUCCGAAUCGACAGCGUAAUUUUAAACUUUGUUUUAACUCUUGUUUAUACAAUAUCCAGUAUAACGCUGGUCGCUUGGAUUAUUAUAUAUUUAAAUAGUAGUUGUUCUUUGAAUGUUAUCCGCACUUUGUUUUUGCUCAGUUUUAAGAUGCACAAAACGAAACUAGUUUGAUAUUUGAAGUGACAACUUCCUUAUGUAAUAAGUAGUUUAGUCUACACACAAAUCCUGUAUAAGGUUAAACGACAAAUGUAAUUACAACAACUAGAAUAAGUUGUUUGCAACUUGUAUAUUUUGUACUGGUGAUGUUUAAGUAGUAACUUUUAAGUUUUCAAUUGACGUUGGUUACUAGAGUAACUGAGUGGACGUGUGCAAGAGAAUAGGCUAUACGAGUUUAAUAUGUAGUCCUAUAAGAGUGCAAGUGUACAAAAUUUUUAAAAAUCUUAGUUUUAAGAGCUCUGGGUCUUUUCGUUUGUCAACUGACAUUUAAUUUUAAUAAAAUGUAUUGUGUAAGAAGUU